UACACACAAGUUUGACUGGAAUUGGCCUAUCGGCAACCUCAACACAGAAAUACACCCUUUUGUAAGGAGAUUAAAAAGACUGGGGGAUAAAAAAAAGAAAAGAAAAAGAAAAUCAAAGCGGCUAAGGUUAGAUGCAGCCAGCGCGGGGUGCUGUGUGGAUCAGAGAGCUGUUCGCGGUCGGAUCUGUGCGUAGAUUCAGAGGAGAACCCGGGCGAAGAAGAGGAGAAAAGGGAAGGACAAUGCUGUUUUAUAUCGUCUUUGAAAAAUGAGUCUUCGGUCAUAGGGGGUGCCGCAUAUAGGCUAUUUGAUAAUAAUCACCGGUAGUGUUUCGAUUAUUGCCAUCUUUAUUUCGGAUUCAUCUCUCGUAUACAGGCACGCACCGCCGGCAUCUCAGGGAUAGCCUACAUUAGUUUACUGCACAUUGUCAUAUAUUAUCAUAGGCUGCUAAUUUUGAUGCAGGUCGCUCUUAAUUAUAGGCCUACAUUGCUUUUUUAUUUUAUUUAUUAUUUAUUUUUUUACAAAGGCUAAUAUCUUGUUUCUGCAGCUGGGUCAUCUUGAUAUGACUUCGACUGAAUAUUAAAAUGUUCUCUGGAUGUGACCUUCUUAUGUUUUAUUUGGCCGCCGCAUGAAUUCUCCCACCGGAUCCUCGUCGGUGUACGCUGCUGUCCUCCUCCUCCUCCUCCUCCUGCUUAUACGGCCGAUUCUCGCAGAGGGCACUACCCUCCUCCCUGCCUCUAAAGACAUUUUGAUCGUCCUCCCCGGUUCCCCCCACCCGGACUCCUCGGCCAUCACUCCGCCUGCCACCUCUUUCACCACCACCACGAGCGCCUCCUCCACCUCAGUAACAUGUCGGGACAGUCUUUGACGGACCGGAUCGCCGCCGCGCAGCACAGCAUGACCGGGUCUGCCAUCAGCAAAGCCGUCUGCAAGGCCACGACGCAUGAAGUCAGCGGACCCAAGAAGAAACACCUUGACUACCUGAUCCACUGCACCAAUGAGCUGAACGUCAGCAUCCCCCACCUGGCAGACACACUGCUGGAGCGCACAGCCAGCAACAGCUGGAUAGUGGUUUUCAAAGCGCUCAUCACUACACACCACCUCAUGAUGUACGGCAACGAGAGAUUGAUGCAGUACCUUGCCUCCAGAAACACGCUCUUCAACCUCAACAACUUUCUUGAUAAGGCUGCACUACAAGGGUAUAACAUGUCAACUUUCAUCAGACGCUACAGCCGCUACCUGAAUGAAAAAGCCAUGUCUUACAGACUAGCAGCAGUGGACUUCACCAAGAUGAAGAGAGGGGCCGAAGGUGUAAUGCGCACCAUGAACACGGAGAAGCUGAUUAAGACUCUGCCCAUCAUUCAGAACCAGCUGGAUGCACUGCUGGAUUUCCAGCCUAACUCCAACGAGCUGACCAAUGGAGUGAUCAACACAGCUUUCAUGUUGCUGUUUAAAGACUCCAUACGGCUGUUUGCUGCUUACAAUGAAGGGGUCAUCAACAUGCUGGAGAAAUACUUUGACAUGAAGAAGAACCAGUGCAAAGAAGCUUUGGAGAUCUACAAGACUUUCCUCAACAGGAUGACCAAACUGUCCGAGUUUCUCAAAGUGGCAGAGCGAGUUGGGAUAGAUCAGGGCGACAGCCCCGAUCUCACACAGGCUCCCAGCUCUCUCUUGGAGGCUCUGGAGCAGCAUCUAGCCUCUCUGGAGGGCAGGAAGCUCAAGGACCUCUCCGCCGCCAGCAGAUCCAGCACCUUGUCCAGUGCAGUGUCCUCUCUCUCCAGCACUGGGAUCUCUCUCAGCCGUAUGGACGACAAGACAGAAGACAACAGAAUGCAGCAACACAAGGAGGACGGUCAUAAGGUGAUUGACAUUCAGACACCCAAUGUGUCACCCAGCACCCAGUCAGUGGGCAGUGCCAACAGCAGCGGAGGGGCCACAGAUCUCUUCUCCAGCUCACCAAUCGUACCCAUCAGUAACCAUGUGCCAAACCUGACCAGUGAGCUGUUCACCCUGCAGCCUAAUUUCACCCCCAUCCAGACCACACACACUGUGCCCAACAAUAACAAUGCCUGGGGAGGUAGACUGUUAAAGCCAGCCCCACCUGCUCAAAUUCACAGCCCCGGAGUAGCAUUGCACUCUGGGAAAAUGCUGCCCAAUGACUUGGACUCUUCAUUAGCCAACCUCGUUGGUAACCUGCAGUUUGGGGGGACAUCAGCUAAAAAGCCAGAGCUCCAGUGGAGUCAGCUGGUAGAGAAGAAGCCAACAGGAGGAGGCGGCUGGCAGUCGAAGACCAUGUGCACCAGCACCAACUGGGCUCACACCACCCAUCCCAUGGCACCUGCACCCAUGCCCUGCCCUCAGAUGAAUGGGAUGAUCUAUACUGGCUAUGCUCCCGGACCAGUGGCUUUUCCUAUGACGACUCCGCAAGUGCCUGUGUAUGGAAUGCUCCCGCCUCAGAUGAGUCAUCAGAUGGGGGGCGUUCCCAUGAUGCCCCCGCAGCCUGUCAUGUACAACCAGCCUGUCCUGAGACCCACCAAUCCCUUUGGACCCAUCCCUGGGACACAGAUGCACUUCAUGUAGGCAUGAUGUUGUAACCAUGGCAGCAAAGCCGGAGGAAAGAGAGAGAUAGAGUCGAAGAAAACAAAUCCAGAACCAAAUCCAGUGCCGGAGGAAGAAAGAGGAGGACAGAGAGGAAAAGGGAGGGGAGAGGAAGAAGGAAAGAGGACGGAUACAAGAUGAAAUGUCUGUUUCCAUGUCGCCUCACCCUCUGAUCUCCUCUCCUCUCUCCAUGUGGCUACUGAUCUCUCUGUCUUUGAAUGGGGCACCAGAGGCUCCGCAUCAAUCCCACUCAUCCAUCCGCGAUUAUGACCUGUGAUAACAGCUCGAUGGAAGGGCAGAAGCUCUACUGCCACUUCCUAACCUUCUCAUCCCGAUCAUUUCCUGUAUAAAAAAACAACAAAUCCACUUCAAACUCGGACACACGUCUCUUUCUCUGAUUGGAUUGUUUGCUGGCACUUUACUCAAUGUGAACUUUGCCAAGGGUGUAUGUCUGUUUAGGUGAUUUUAGCGUCUUGUUCAGAUUGGUUCCCGGUUGCGUGUCAUCCACCACCUGAUGUCAGAUGUAAUCGAUUUGAAUGCGUGUGUGCGUGUCCCUUUUCUACAUUUCAAUGUGCUGCAUCAUCAUUACCGUUUGAGUCUUUUUAUGAGCUCCAUUUGUUCUUAAUUGCCAACUUCUUAUAAAUUUGGCGUGGAACGAUAAUUUGUGGGCGCGCUAGUGUGUGUGUGGAUGGACGUGGCUGUGUAGCGUGUGUACUGUAUGUGUUUCUCUUUUGGUACCUGAUGUCAUUACUCUAUUGCCAGGUACCGAUGUGUUACUGCACUGGAACUAACUAAUGAAAGCACUGAGCCAGACCCAGGCAUCGCAUUUGGAUGUAAACAAACCUCUUACACUAAUGUUGCUACUUGGGGUCAUGCUGUACACACUUUGUAUUUUGUUCUUUUUUUUCUCUACAGCUGU